AUGCAAGGUAGUUACAAAAAUAAAGGUUUACCAAGACCUUACUAUAUGAAGGCUGCAAACACUAAGAAGAAUUCACCUUACAACAAAGGGCCCAUAGUCUUCUUCAGUACACCCAAAAGGAAGAUCUUGGGUUAUUUAGUUUUAAUUCUUCUUUUUGGCACCUGUAUGUGGUUGGUAGGUCAAGACAUAAGACCUCGAGGAGAUCCUGUCUACGAGGUGGAACCAUUUCAAAACAUUGUGAACGAUGCGGAUAAAAUCGUUGGAUCAACGAAAAAUGCAGAUAAAGAAGCAGAAAACCCUGAGUUGGCUGGGAAUAUGGCACAUGGCUCCAAGGGAGAUAUUGGUGUAGGCGUAGCUGAAGCACCAAAGGGUGGCAUGGCUAACGAGGCUCCAAUUGUAGGUAACGACAAAGAUGAGAUAGUAGAUGGAGCAAAGAAAAAGAAAAAGAUUCCCCCAGCUAUAAAAGCUGAUAUAAGGGAUCUCGAUAAUUAA